CUUUACAAGUCACCCAAGGUUAUCGUGUGUCUCAUCCUCGAAUCUUUUGUCUCAAUUCUGCCAUUUGCGUUUAUCGGUAGAUGAGUCAGCCAAACCGGCCUGACUUGGUGGCCUGAGGCACAACAAGCCGGAUUGGUCUGGGCCGAUUUGCGGAGAUCGCAUGAACAAGUCCAUCAUCAGGGCGAUGAGGUAUAGUGAAAUAUCGAUGAUAUCCUUCAUUCAUCUCUCUAAAUACCUCGUAAAAUGAACCGCGGCCUAGAACUCUGCGUAGAUGAGGACAUGUGGCUGGACCCGCUUACAAAGUGGCUAGUGCCAAGCUGUCGGCCUCGUUGAAGCGUCAGAGAACCAACCGCUCAUCGCUUGCUGCGUGUUGUAUGUUACAGGCUUCAGGGAUCGCUUGUAAAUCGUGCACCUGAAUAAUGGAGGCGUCUCCCCUCACCCAACAGAGCAGGCCCGAGACUUUUACGCCGAAGAUCGUCCAGCUCUACGAGACCCUCUUCAAAGCCUCCGAAGAUGUCUAUGUGGAGCCCUCCGAGGGCUUCUGGAGAGAGUUCUUUCUCCUGCCCCCAGAUCGGGCCCGUUUACAUUCUCUGCUGGAUGGGUUGACUCCCGACGAGACAUUGCAUUUGCAGACACAAACGAAGCAUCUAUUUGCCCGUGCUAUCCACGAAGCUUCCUCUGGAGCAACCGCGGCCGCCUCUUAUGCAUUAGAUACCCUGGCGGUCUUCUUGACCAGUAUCUUGAGCAAAAAGUACACCAACCCCAGCUCAGAUGUCAUCACAGUUCUCGCAGGCCUCGACGAGGUGGACCAUGUCAUCUCUGAGUUUGUGGCCGUCCUGGAUGGUAUUGUGCGCAAUGGUAGCAGUCUUGAGCUCCGCCGGAAAGCAAUUAGGGUGGCUAUUGCCAUGACCAGUGGAGCCUACAAAACCAGCCUAGUCUCCUAUUUCACCCAUCGGGAUCUCUUCCCCUCGUUGAUGAAGUAUGUGAAUGAUUCCGAGAACCCCUUGGAGGUCUUCGCUCCCUUCUUAUUGAUAGGUCUGUUGGCAAACUACAACAAGUUCGAGUUUCAAAACCCCUACCAGCUCCGACUCGACGACUUUGUCAAUGAGGCAAGUAUCCAAAAGAUCGUCAAGGGGGUUGGUCAGGCCUGCAGUGGUCUGCGCAAUGGCUACAUUGCCGUUCAGGACGAUAUCCCCGAAGGUUGGACCUUGACCAAUACUCUCAUUUUCUUCGGGCUGCGGGCUCUCGCACCAGGUGCAAGGGACAAGGCGAACCCGCCUACCGCAGACGAAGCAAAGGCGAUGUUCGCCGAUCUCCCUGCACAAGAAGCCGCCAUUCUAAUGGCCACCUACGACUUCGCAAACUCAAACAAGCUCUUCGGCUAUCACUUGGUACACAUGACUCCCGAGAAAAACGAAGAGUCCCCAUUCUCCAGCUUCAUCUCUCUAUCCUCGUACCUCUUCCAGCACGCAUAUCGCUCCCCACGCGUGGCGCACUACGCCGAACUGAGCCUCUUCACCCUCCGCAUUCUCGUCGAGGACCCAACACUCUGCAAACAUAUCUGCAGCGAAGAUGGCAAACGUCGCGUCCGGCUAUGCCGACAGCGCCAGCCAUACCUCCCUCUCGUAAACGGGGACCGCGUUCUCACAACGGUCAUAUUUGACGCCAUGAUCGAUACUAUCACGCAUAACCUCCGCCGACGACUGGACGUCAACAUCUACAGCCACACAAUCGCAAUAACCCUCCGGCUCCUAACAUACCUCUCCAUGAACAAAAUCCGCCUAACAUACCACUGGUCCGAACUCUGGCGCACCCUCCUCUCCCUAAUGCGCUUCCUAACAACCUACGCCACCGACCUCUCCUCACAUCCCAACAUCAAUACCCUCACCUCCUCCCUCGCUGAUCUAAUGGCCUUUUGCGUCUCUGCGGGAGACACUUUCCUCCCGGACCCGUCCUCCUACGAUGAUCUCUUCUAUAAGCUCGUCGAGACAGGGCCGGUGAUUUCGAAGUUUAGGGACGUGUAUGGGUUUGCGAACACCGGCUCACGCUCAGCCGCCGGUUCUUCUGUAGAUCCCACCUCCUCAAAGGAUAUCCACGCCGCAGCGGUUGAUACCUUGUUAUCCGUCUCAACGCAUUUCUAUACUCUUCUCUUCCAGUCGGAUGGGAAGGACCGGGCUGGUGCGGCUGCGGCUGCGGCUGCAAGUCCGAAGGGUGAUGGGGAACCUACGCCCGUAGCGCUGCCGUCUAUCAAGAAGAAGAAUCUUAGUCCGCGGGAGGUGCAUCGCAUUAUUAAGCAGGGGUAUGAUACGUUGAGUAUCCAGCCGCCGGAGGGGUUGACGACGUGGUCACGGUGGAGAGAGACGGAGUGGAAGAGUGAGUUGAAGAGGGCGGCGAGGUGUGCGGUUGAUGAUGCGAGGCAGUUGGUAGCGUGAGGAGGUGGGUGGUUGAUGGGACCGUGUUGUGUUUGAGUUGGGGUAGUGUUUCUUUCGAUAUCCAGUGAAGAAUACAGCAUUUGUUGAUUUGUACUUGAGACUAGAUGGUCGAGGAACUGUGAGAACUAGAUUGAUACUUUCUAGGGCUUUGAGUGAAAGUUCAAUUUCAUAUUCCCAUUAGCUCCUCUAGUAGGAGCAAUGCUAAAGGAUAUCACCGUGUUGCGAUUGACGCAAGAAUAAACAGAAAAACCCAACCCAUAGGCCUCUGUAGAGGCAGAACGAAGAAAAAGAAAACAACCAUCGCCGAAGCAUCAAGAAACCCGAUGAGAAAAAGCAAGGCACAGAAUUGUAGCGGCGCAGGAUGACAGUGCGUAGAGAAGGGACAGUGUGUCCUGGGAGAAGAUCGGAAGGCCUCGUGUCGUCGAGAGUCCUCCUCAGUUGAUGGUGUGUGUAUGGGUGAGAAUGAGAGAUGGCGAAAGGGCGAGAAUGUGAAUGAAGACGAAAAGGUUUAGUUGACGUCCUUGAGCGACUGCUUGACGUAAUGAUCUUCGGCGGAGAUGUAAUCAGUGCGGAAGUACUUCUCAGAGUUCUUGGACAGCCACAGCGAGAACUUGGAGAGCUCCUCGCGCAGGCGCUGAGUAGCCUGAAGGUCCAUGUUGGUCUGGGCAAGCAGCUCGGGAAGGAGG